UUUACCCACACAUCUCCUCUCUCUCUCUCGUCCUGCGCAGGACUGCCAGCGAGCAGAAGUGCAAAACAGGGGAGGAGAGGAUCAAUUCAUCAUCCCCUCUACGUGAUCCAUCCCGGUGACCCGGUGUCUUCUUCACUCUUCAGUGCCCCGACAGAGCUGGUUGAUGCAAGAGUCGUUCAUGGCGGUCCGGCUGGCCCCGGGCUGUCUCAGGGUAGAAGUGGCUCCUCGUCCUGAUCAAUUCAGCUCCUCCUCCUCCCCACAACCAUCACCACAACUCAGAACCUCCCCCAGCUGGACCAUCGAUGUCCCAAAUGCAAGAACAAUCAAGGUGACCAACAUCUCGGGCUCCGCGACCGCUGACAACAUCAAGGAGUUCUUCUCCUUCUCCGGCGACAUUGAGUAUGUCGAGAUGCGGAGGGAAUCAGAGACAUCACAGGUUGCCUAUGUGACCUUCGAGGAGUUCCAUGGAGCUGACACUGCCCUGCUCCUCUCUGGAGCAAGCAUAUCUGAUGCCUCUGUAAAUAUCACACCAGUGGAAGACUAUGACCUGCCUCCAGAGGCAUACACCCAUGCAGAGCUGGGGUCACCGAGGACGCCGACGGAGGCGGCGGUGAAGAAGGCGGAAGAGGUGGUGAGCACGAUGCUGGCCAGGGGCUUCGUGCUGAGCAAGGACGCCCUGAAGCGCGCCCGGUCCUUCGACGACCGGCACCAGCUGCUGUCCUCGGCCAGCGCGCGCGUGGCGAGGCUGGACCGCCGCUUCGGCCUCAGCGACAAGUUCACCCUUGCCGUGCGCGGCGUGGACGAGCGGCUCCAGGUGUCGGAGCGCGCCCGGGGCGCGAUCACCACGGCCGAGACGAUCGUGGCGUCCAGCCCCUACGCGUCGCGCGGCGCCGCGUGGGUGUCCGCGGCCGUCGGCGCCGUCGCCAGGGCCGCGGCCGACGUCGGCGCCAUGACCAUGGAUAAGGUGGAGUCCAUGAAUGACGACGGCGUGGACUCGGCGACGCCGCCGGCUGCGGCGCAAGUGCACGCGGUGCAGGUUGACGACGUGGCUCGCGCCGGCGCUUGCUCAUGA